AUGUCUGACGAAACCAAGCUGAGCAAAUAUUUGUCCUCCUCUUCCACUAUUUCACCGUCUUGCUCUCAUCUCAAAUCUCUCUCUUUCACCAUAUUCGUCUCCUCUCUUUCACUAUCUUUCUACCGUUUUUCUCACUCUUUUUCCUUCUCCCGUUUCUCUCUCUUUUUCACGAUCUUUCUCUCGCCUUUUUCUCUCAUUUUCCCUAUCUUUUUCCUGCCUCUCUUUUCUUUAACUUUUCCCGCUUCUCUAUCUUUCGCUGUCUUUCUCUCGCCCAACCUCUCUCUCUCUCUCUCUCUCUCUCAAUAUUCUCUUGUCUCUCGCUCUUGUUCACUGUCUCUUCCCCCCGCCACUCAAUUUAUCUUUCUCCUGCCCCUCUCCCUGAUUCACUGUCUUUCUCCUGUCCCUCUCUCUCUUUUACUAUUUUUUCCACCACCUUUUUCGCAUUUCUCUCUCUUUUACUAUCUUUUACUGUUUCUUGCCUCUAUCUCUCUAUCACUCUACUCCUCUGACCAUUCUCUCUUUUUCAUUAUCUUUUUCUCGUUUCUCUCACUUACCCGCCUAAUUCUCUCUUUCACUCUUUUAAACGUUUUUAUUUACAUGUCUAUGCACACACCAUCAUUCUACUAUGAACCAAUAUCGUUCCAUUCAUAUCUAUCUAUCUAUCUAUCUAUCUAUCCUUAA